UUAUCAUUCGCUCUAGAGGCUGGCCACCACCUUCAUCAAAGCGCGUUCUCUCGUCGAUAAAAGAGAGAUCUUUUUUUCCCCUCUCCGAUCUCACCUGCUCCGACGACUCCAACGCCGGCGACCCCGACGUCUACGGUGACUACCAGGGUCCAAGUCAGGUUGUAACUGAAGUUCUUGCUGACAAUGGUUCUGGAUUCUAUCUCAUCUCCGCACCGGAGGCCGCAAAACUCUUCAUUCUUGUCAACCUCAUUCAAGAAGCAGACAGCAAGCCGUGACACGUGGUCUACUCUCUUCGAGCGACAUCGGUUCCUCUUGACAAUGCUAGCUUUAUUGGCUUUCUUAUGCACUAUAUAUCUCUACUUUGCAAUCACUUUAGGUGCUACAGACUCUUGUUCUGGCUUGUCUGGCUCAGAGAAGGCUUUAUGUCAAACAAGAUCCUUAAUGUCCCACAAAGGAAAGCUCAAACUCUUCUAGCUUUUUAUGAGUCUUUGUUUUAUCAGCAAUCCAUUUUAACUAUGUCUUGGAUUGCAUUAUUUAUCAUUUUUUUGACACCUUGUUCAUGCUGUCUAAAUUCAUUGUAAGAACUAUAUAUUUGUUUUGUUUUUUUUUUAAUUUAAUAUUAUUAUCUUUGACUA